AUGUCCACCACCAUGCAAGCUGUUGUCUUCAAAGGACCGCUUCAGGUCGCCCUGGAACAGCGCCCUCGACCUCAGAUUCAGGCACCGACCGAUGUGAUUCUGAAAGUGAGAUACACCGCGCUCUGCGGGAGUGAACUGCACGUCUUCCGUGGCCAUCAACCAUCGGGAACGGGCUUCAUCAUGGGCCACGAGUUCACAGGCGAAGUUGUCGAAACCGGUGCCGAUAUCCAAUCCUUCAAGACGGGCGAUCUCGUCGUCUCACCUUUCACCGUCAGCUGCGGCAAAUGUUUCUAUUGCGAGAGCGGGUUCUCCUCCCGAUGCGCCAACGGCCUGCUAUACGGCAGCCCUGUUCUGGAUGGAGGCCAAGCAGAGUAUGUUCGAAUCCCGCUCGCCGAGUCGACUCUGUUCCAGGCCCCCGCGGCAAUCGAUGAGAAGAAGUUAGUGCUCAUGGCCGAUAUAUUUCCGACCGGUUACUUUGCGGCGAGUAAUGGGUUCCGCUCGCUAGAGCCCAAGGCGAUUCAGAAUAGUACGGUACUUUUGUUUGGAUGUGGUCCGGUCGGAAUUUGUGCCCUUGUGAGUGCGCUGGAGUAUCGUCCCAAGCACUUGAUCGCGAUCGACAGCAUCCCCUCUCGUCUACAGUUAGCGGAGAGUCUUGGUGCGGAGCCAUGGAACUUCGCAGAGAAUGAGGCCGGGUUGAGAGAGCGAGUCAAGACCAUCACAGAGGGUCGGGGUGCCGAUGUGGUGAUCGAGGUAGUUGGUCAUAGCAGUGCUCUCCGGAUGGGAUUUGAACUGCUUCGUCCGUGGGGAGUAUUGUCGAGUGUGGGAGUGCAUAAUGGCGAGAUUCCCUGGACGGGCAAUGAGGCAUAUGGCAAGAACUUGCGGAUCCAGAUGGGGCGCUGUCCUGUUCGUAUCUGGAUGAAGGCUAACCUCGACAGGCAUCUUUGGGGAGGCGAUGGAGCUGUUGGUGAAGAAGCAGGAUACAUUGAAUCUCACAAGGUCCCCAGUUUCAUGGCCGAAGAUAUUCGCCCGCUUUCUCAGGCAGUACAGGCAUACGAUGAUUUUAAUCAGAUGAAAAGCCAGAAGAUUGUCUUCGAAGCGGAUAAGUAG